AUGGCGAUAAGUCUAUUCGCCACCAAAGAUGUACAGACUUUGGGCAUGCUGGAGGCAGUUCAGGACGUCGGUUCCCAUUCAGAUUCUGAGCUUCCCACAGCCGCCAUUCCCAUUCCUAAGAAUAAGCUAGUGAAAUUUGGAAGAAACGACAUUGAAUGCGAUAUUGUUUUAUCUCACCCCUCUAUUUCAGGAAUUCAUUGCAUGGUUUGGGCCAUCAGAUUUGAUGAUGAUAGUGUUCCAAUGUGUUAUGUGAAAGAUUGUUCAUUGAACGGAAUUCUUUUAAAUGGCCGGACACUUAGGCGCGGACAAAGCUGCUUGCUUCAGGAUGAAGACAUUAUUACGAUACCUAACAUUGGUAAAUAUCGAUUUGUGGCUAAGGUACAACUUAUUUCUUCGGGCCUUUUGGAGCAGUUGGGUUUCCAAAAACGCGUGGAAGACUGGGAGAUAACACCACGGAUUGUUGGUAGCGGAACAUUUGGUCAUGUUUUGGUUGCUACAAGAACAGAAAAUUCUUCAUCAACCUGUCCCAUUAAUUAUGCAGUUAAAGUCAUCAAGAUGAAGCCGAAUAAACUCGACAGAGAGGCGCAGAUCUUGUUAAAAUUGGCACACCCUAACAUAAUAAAAGUGCACAAAACAUUCAUUGGUUCUAAAGACAACCUUUACAUAUUCCAAGAUCUGGUUUCAGGGGGGGAUUUAUUUUCCUAUCUUGCAAGAACAGAUUGUCUUUCCGCUAUAUCAGAGACUGAGUCUUUGAUUAUUAUCUAUCAAAUCCUUCAAGCCCUUAAGUAUUUGCAUGGACAGGGCAUUGUUCAUCGUGACUUGAAAUUAGAUAACAUUCUUUUAUGCACGCCUGAGCCCUGUACGAGAAUAGUUCUCGCCGAUUUUGGUAUAGCUAAGGAUUUGUCGUCGACUUGUUCAAGGAUGCACACCGUUGUUGGAACUCCGGAAUAUUGUGCACCAGAAGUUGGCUUCAAGGCUGAUAGAGCCGUUUACAAGGAAUUUUCAAGAGCAGCAACGCUCGACCAUCACGGCUAUGAUGCAAAAUGUGAUCUAUGGUCACUGGGAGUAAUCACACACAUAAUUUUGACUGGCAUUUCCCCGUUUUAUGGAGAUGGUUCGGAAGGUAGUAUUAUUCAGAAUGCAAAGCUUGGCAAAUUGAACUUUGAGGCAAAACAAUGGAUUAAAGUUUCUGAGAAUGCAAAGAACUUUGUAUGCAAACUAUUGGAGACUAAUGUGAUUAAAAGAUUGAGUAGCGAUGGAGCACUAAAUCAUGUCUGGAUCGCCAAGCAUCGGGGCCAGCUCGAAAAGAUAUAUCACAAAAAGAUUCUCCAAGGAGAAAUAGUCUCACUUAGUGGUAAGGAUCUUGACUGGAAACGGAAGUUACCCAAGAGCGUGGUUUUGUCUCCAAUUAAUGUUCAGAAGAGAAAAGCCAAGAAAAGCUAUUGA